UUCAGUUUUGUUGACGAAUUUAAGUGCUUCUGUGUAUUAAUACCACAAUAUUCAAGCAUGUUAGUGGAUUUUUAUGAAUCAAAGCAAAAUUUUCUUUGCCUUAUUCUUUAGUUAAUUUAUUUCAUGAUUUAAUACUGAACUGCCUACAUUUAGUUUCUACUUUCCUAGUGACAGUGAAAAAUUUGGUAAAACGAAACAGAUUGAAAUGUGCGGAAAGUAUGAUAGUUAGCUGAGGCUGCAUCUGUUGACGGUGUGGAAUAAUGAAUGAUACAAGCCAUGAUGCCUAUCGGCAAGAAUGGUCAUCUCUUUUUUCUGGUCGAUAUUACUUAGAGCAGUUAAAAUCUACUGGAAUCAAAGGCUCUCUGAGAAACUCUCAUUUUCGUAGUAUCUGCUGGAAGGUAUUUUUGGAAUGUCUACCUGAUGAUAGAAACUUGUGGAGGGAUGUCACGGAGUCCCAAAGACAGCGUUAUGAUGAAAUGUUAGAUAAAUUUCACACAAAUCCAUGGACCACAGAGGAAUACUUGGAUGUGAAUGUGAAUAAUCCAUUAUCACAGUCCUGCCAGAGUCCUUGGAAUCAGUAUUUUCAAGACAGUGAUCUAAAAAUUACAAUAGAACAAGAUGUUGUUCGCACAUUUCCAGAAAUUGAAUUUUUUCGUGAUGUUAGAAUUCAAGAAAUGAUGACCAGCAUUCUAUUUUCAUAUGCCCGUGAAUAUCCUCAUGUGUCUUAUAAACAAGGUAUGCAUGAACUUCUUGCUCCUCUUAUAUUUGUUCUACAUUGUGACCAAGAAGCAUAUCUUGAAGCCUCAAAAAUGGACAAUCUAGAAUUAGAUAUUGGCAUAAUGUUAAAUCCGAAUUACAUUGAGCAUGAUGCUUUCUUCUUAUUCAGUCAACUGAUGGAAGUUGUGGAAGCCUGGUACACAAUGAGUGAUAGUCCUUUUUCUAAAAAUGAUUCACUAGUUUGCGCAGAGCCUUUUAGUCAAAUUGUUAACUUUGGCCAAGGUAACACUUUGGGAUUCAAAUUGAAAAAGAUAUAUGACCAUCUUCUGAAGCAUCAUGAUGUUGAAUUAUUUUUAUAUUUGGAAAAUUUGGAGAUUACCCCUCAAAUUUAUGGGAUACGAUGGCUGCGUCUGCUGUUUGGAAGAGAAUUUUCCAUUCAUGACUUGCUUGUAAUUUGGGAUGCCAUUUUUGCUGAUAGUAUAUCAUUUAAUUUAGUUGAUUAUAUUUUUGUUGCAAUGUUGAUGAUUAUAAGAGACUUGUUAUUACAAAGUGACUAUGCUUCCUGCUUGAGGCAUUUGAUGCAUUAUCCAAACAUUCCUGAUGUACAUUAUAUUAUUGAACUUGCUUUACAUUUAAGAGAUCCAGGCAGCACUGCUAAACCUAAUGGUUGUUGCAUUCAAGAAACCAGUAAUAAAAAAAUGGAAAAAUUGAUAAAAAAUGAAAAAAUCCUGAUAAACAAAAGUGGUUUUUCUAAACUUUCUCUAUCAAGCAAUCCAAGUGCUACUAAGCAUGCUGAAACUCGACCAAAAAGUUUGAAAAUUCCUGGUUUGAAUGCAUCCUCAACUAAAGAAAAAUCAUCAUCAGCUUCUCCUCCUUUGUUAAAAUCUGGUAAAGGAGCAAGAAAUUCAACUUUACAUCACAAACAGCAUGCAAAUGAUUCAAUGCAACAGAGUGAUUUAGAGAGAUCUGAAUGGGAUUUUGAGGUUGACACAGAUUAUAUACCAGGACGAGGAGCAUAUGAUGCAUUGCCAUGUACUUCUAUAAAGAAUGUUAUGGAAAGCAGAAAUAACAAAAUAAAUGCUGUGGACCUAAGUCAGAGCUUUGGGCAUUUCUGUGAUGGACUGAAUGAUUCUUCUGAUGUUUCUUUAGGUCGAGAGAUGGUUCCUCUUUUACCAGCAUCUGAAGUUUCUCUGUCUCCUAAGAAUCAACCCACAAAGAAACAUUUUAAACAUGCAACAAAGGAAAGAAAUGAAGAUUCAAGAAUGUUAAAGAAUGAAAUUACAGAAUUAAGAAAAAUGAAUGAGUAUUGUGCUCAGCAGAUUUCACAGCACAUAGAAAAACUUCAAGAAAAAAUGAUGUGUCAGAGAUUGCUUUAUGAAGAUGAAAUAUUUGUUGCUUUAGCAGGCUUGAAAAGGGCUCGAGAUAUAUUGAAAGGAACAGUAUCAUUUAGUGAAGAAGUGAUGGAGGAUGACCAUAUAAGUUUGUGUACUCUUUCAAGCAUUGCAGCAAACCAUACAUCUUCCAUAUCUCAAGGAAAUAAUUGUUGCAAAUCACCUGUUUUUAACUUAGAUGAAAACUUAGAAUCAAAUAUCCAUGAAAAUGACUCUACGCUUUUGAAUUCAUUACCAGAAAAUAUAGAAAACAAACCUAGCAAUGCUCAUCAAACCUAGCAAGUAACAUUUCUGGUGACUAAUAAAGGUAGUAAUUGCAGCAUAUUCUGAAGACUGACUGAUAAAAAUGCUAAUAUAGUAUUGUAAGGUUUUUUUUUUCAUUUCUCAGUGGUUUUGUUUAUUAUAUGGCUUAGUAACAUCCAUCAAUUAGGUAUUUCUGUUCUUAAUUUACGCAUUAUUUUUUCUUUUCAAAAAUAAAAUUGCAAUUUCUGAAGGUUACUGCUUUAUGUACAUAUGUGGAGAAUAGUGGGUAUUUUAAAAUAGCAUCAUUACAAGUUGUGUAUUCCGUGUUAUCAUUUCAUAUUGAUUAGGAAAAGUAAUUUCACCAUUUACCUUUCUUUUAAAGUCAAUUUUAUGAAAUGAAAUUCCUUAAAAGAUUAAGUGUAUUGCAGUGUUUUAUAUAAACCUUUUCAUGAAUCAAUUAGUGACUUUUUGACUAUUUUUUUUUCAUUUUGUCUGUAGAGGUUUGUGUAUGUGAGAACUAUGGACAUCCAAAAAAAAAAAAAAAAAAAAAAAAGGAAGAAAGAAAAAAAAAAGCUAUUUUGUAUAUCCCCUAAUUCCUUUUGACUUUUUGUUACCAUGUCAGAGUGUUGUGUGUGUGUGCAUGCAACACUCUAUCUGCACAUCUUGCAUCACUCAGAAACAUGCAUGUUCAUACAGGGUUGAGAUAUGGUAUGUUAUACCAUUAUUACCUGUACAACGUUCUGUUGUUUUCUUCCCUUUUUGAUUGCUCUUGGCCAAGUGUCAGGACAUCUGAUCCCACCUAUGUAUUUAUUUAUCUUGUAUAUUUCAGAAACUGUUACUCCUAAAAAAGUAAAGCUACAUAUGUAGGACAUGUGUUACAUCUAGUUUGGCACAACAUUUUUCUGUUGCUAUAUAAAAGUUCUAAUAGAGUUCUUUACUUAUUUCUUGUGGCAAAUCAAAUUUAGAUUUGAGUUUUUUUUUAUUUAUUUAUUUAUUUAUUUUUUGUAUCAUUUUCUUUAAUAUUACAUUUAGUCAAUCAUGUGCAAACUGAAGUGAAUAUUUUUGUCAUUUGGUAAACUUUAACAGCAUGGACCUCCCAGUAUCUUUUCAUUAAUUUAAAAAACAUUUAAAAUAGCUUAAGACUUCGAUUUUUAGAUUUUAACAUUUUUAAUCUUUUAGCUGUUAAAAGUAUAUUUUUAAUAGACGUACAAAGAACUAAUGGGGUGUCUUCAUCAGAAUUU